AUCCCCGCGACAGUCUUCUAGUUUUCUUUUUACAAGCACGAUGGAUGUGUGUGCGUCUUCGAGUCCUACUUUGAGGGAGUUUGGCUGCGAACAGAAUUUACUAUCACGACCUGAUGGAUCGUCAUCCUUCGUCCAAGGAGACACCAGUGUAUUAGCUGGAGUGUAUGGCCCGGCGGAGGUGAAGGUCAGUAAGGAGAUCUAUGACAGAGCUACCCUGGAGGUGGUGAUGCAGCCCAAAGUGGGACUACCAGGUGUCAGAGAGCGAGCCAGAGAACAGUGUGUGAGGGAAACAUGCGAGGCGUCUCUUCUCUCCACCCUUCAUCCACGCUCCUCCCUCACUCUCGUCCUACAAGUGGUCCAUGACGACGGUUCACUGUUGUCCUGCUUUCUGAACUCAGCCUGUAUGGCCCUGAUGGACGCAGGCCUGCCUAUGAGCUGUCUGUUCGCUGGGGUCACCUGUGCCAUCGAUACAGAUGGCCAGGUCAUUACCGACCCCAACGCAGCACAGGAGAAGGAAAGUCGAGCUUUGAUGACCUUCGCUAUUGACAGUACCGAGCGCAGAGUGAUGAUGUCAUCCACCAGAGGGUCUUUUACAGUUCAUGAGCUGCAACAGUGUAUAGCUGUCAGUCAGAAAGCAUCGGACAAGAUCUUCCAGUUCUACAGAGAUUCUGUCAGACGAAGAUAUUCCAAGACACUCUGAUUAUCCAGGAUUCUGCUUAUAUCUUCCUUCAUUUCUUUUUUCAGCUUUGUUUUUUUUUUUUUUUUUAAAUUUUACUGACCAAACCAUUGUUGUUUUUUAAAUAAAAAUAUUUGGAAUUGGUUGAAAAAAA